GUUCUAAUAACUUUCAUUUAACCAGUCUGUUUAUAUUUUUAUUUUAAAUAAUUAUCAUUUCUGAUAUGGGAUUAUGAUGCUGAUUGCUUACUGCAGAGAGCAGGACUGCUUCAUCUGUGGCUAAGCUGGUGUAAAUCCCCACGGCAUGCUGGGAUGUCUCAUCAGUCGGACUGGUUAAGGGGCCUGGGCUCGGUGGAGAGCGUGAGUAAGGACCCGGGUUACAUCACGCAGCUCGUUAGUGACGUGCGGCAGUUUGCUGAUGUUCUGCAGAGCCUGAAGGAGGCGUUUGGUUCUAAAGAUGAGGGGGUGUCGGGCGUGGUCAGUGAUAGACUGGCUGAGCUGCUGCGAGUGCUCAAGUCGGUCAUUGGAAAACACCAGGCCUUAAACUCGGAGGACAUCCUGAGUGCUGCAGGUACCCUGAUCGCCAAGGUCAAAGGACUGAACCUGAAGGAGGUGAGCAGAGAGAACCGGCCGGCUGAUUUUGGUGAGAUCUACUCGUCCAUCGACACUUUGGCCUUCACCUUUGGAAAUGUAGUUUCUGAUUUCCUCAUGGGAGAUGUGGACAGCGGCUCCAGAGCGGAGCUCUUCCAGACCCGGAGGAGCAGGUCAUUUGAGAAACUCUCUGGAGAUUCAGGAGGAAACGACAAACUCAGAGUUCAGCCAGAUCCAGCCUUGCACUUGCUGUCGGAGCUGAAGGUGGAUCAGUUGCUGCUGCAGAAUGACAGUGGGGUGGAGUCGGCUCUGCUCUACGCUAAGGCCUGGUCCAAAUACGCCAAGGAUGUUCUGUCCUGGGUGGAGAAACGCCUCAGCCUGGAUAUGGAGUGCUCAAAAAGCUUCAGUAAAAUGGCUGAAUCAGCUAAAUCAGUCGCAGCUCAGCAGGACUACAUGCCGUUCAGGGGUGUUUAUGCUUCAUCGUUUGAGAACGAGCUGGAUUACAGUCACUCUCUCCACCAAACUGCUACGGCGCUGCAAACCAACAAGUUCAUUCAGCCGCUGGUGGCACGUAAAGUUGAGCUGGAUAAACUGAGGAAGGAGCUGAAGGAGCAGUGGCAGAGAGAGCUGAAGAAAAUGAGUGAAGCCGAGGCGGCUGUACGUAAAGCUCAGCUCCUGCAGGCUCAGAGGAGAGAGGAGUACGAGAAAGCUCGCCGGACGGGGGACGACAUGACCUACGCUGGCCCAAGAACUCUGGAGAAGAAGAAGAAGAUUGAAGAAGAGGCGCUGCAGAAGGCUGAAGAAGCUCAGGAUCAGUUCAGACUUUGUGUCACCGAUGCAGCUGCUAAGAAAGUGGGACUGGAAAAAGCCAAAGCUGAGAUCCUCACCCAGCUCCGAGAGCUCAUCUUCCAGUGUGACCUCACCCUCAAAGCCGUGACGGUGAACUGGUUCCAGCUGCUCCACAAUCAGAUGGUGUCGGUACCACAGAGGUACCAGACGCUGUGUGAUCAGGCCAAGCAGUACGACCCGGGCCAGUGCUACUCUGAAUUCGUACACAGUUUACCUAAAGAGCGCGUCUGGCUGGAGGCGCUGUCUCAGGACGGCACCAGAUCGUCCAGGACCAGCAUGUCCUUUAAAAAGUGGUCACAGAGCAGCGCCCCCGUCUCUCAGGGGAUCCCGUCUCAGGUCUUCACUGAUGAGGUGGACAACACCGCUCAUAAACAUCUCGGCGGAACUGACAACCAGCAGUCCAACAGCACCACAGACAUCCACGGUAUAAACCAGCAGCAGGGCAGCAGCGGGAUGUGCAGCGAUUCGGAGAGUGCAGGAGGGAGCAGCGAGUCUCGCUCUGUCGACUCUCCUACUGCCAGUCCAGGGGAUUUUAAGCGCAGGCUCCCCAGAACCCCCUCUACAGGUACCAUGUCUUCUGCUGAUGACUUAGAUGAAAGAGAACCUGUAGAUAACGGUCUGGGGGAGAUGGUAACUGAAACGGCGAACUCCCCUGGUCCUUUCCGGAACACUCAGAUGUCGAAAGCGGCUCACACCCACAAGCUGAGGAAGAUGCGCGCCCCCUCCAAGUGUAGAGAGUGUGACAGUCUGGUGGUGUUCCACGGUGCAGAGUGUGAGGAGUGUUCUCUGGCGUGCCAUAAAAAGUGUUUGGAGACGUUGGCGAUCCAGUGCGGCCAUAAGAAGCUGCAGGGUCGCCUGCACUUAUUUGGAAUCGAUUUUGCUCAGGUGGCUAAAAACAGCGCAGACGGAAUUCCCUUCAUCAUCAAGAAAUGCACGUCAGAGAUCGAGAGCCGCGCCCUCAACAUCAAGGGAAUUUAUCGGGUAAACGGAGCGAAGUCGCGGGUGGAGAAACUCUGUCAGGCCUUCGAGAACGGCAAAGACCUGGUGGAGCUUUCAGACCUUUAUCCACACGACAUCAGCAACGUGCUCAAACUCUACCUGAGACAGUUGCCGGAGCCUUUGAUCCUGUACCGUUUCUAUAACGACUUUAUCGGUUUGGCUAAAGAAGCUCAGAGCUCCAGGCGGGACGGUUCUGACUCUCCUGAGCUCAGCAUCAGUCUGAAACGGAUCGUCUUCAAAAUACGAGAGCUGCUGAGACAACUUCCACCUGCUCACUACCGCACCCUGCACUUCCUCAUCACUCACCUGCACAGGGUAACGGAGCACGCAGAGGAGAAUAAGAUGACGGCGAGUAACUUGGGGAUCAUCUUUGGACCGACUCUGAUCAAACCCAGACAGGUGGAGUCGGACGUGUCUCUGUCCUCGCUGGUGGAUUAUCCGUACCAGGCUCUGAUGGUGGAGCUGUUUAUUCAACACCACCAGAUGAUUUUUGAUGUGCCUUUAAGCCCCGCCCCUUCCUCUAACCCUUCACUCAGCCGCCACUCACAAUCUCUCCUGGACAUCAAAGAGAGCUCUAAAUCCUCUAAGAGAUACUCCACAGGGAUUCGCUCCUCACACUCAGUGGAUGAAGUGAAGGAAGUGCACUUGGGAAGUGGACAUGCAGUAAAAGAGGACAAAGCCGUAGGUGACAGUACAGACGGGAUUAACGGCGUCGGAUCCUCUUCAGUGCUGAAUCGUCCCGGGACCAAUACGCACUCUUCUUCGGUGCGGCUCCGCCCACAGCGAACCCACUUCCUGUCCCGCCCUGUCAGUUUACCUGUCGACCGCCUGCUCGGCGAACACAGCGAGCGCAGCCUGGUCGAGCGGGAAAAUUCCACCGCCGGCACCAUCGCGGAGAGUCCGGAGUGGGAGAAAGCGGAGAGUCGUCCGUAUCGCAGCCCGUUCAUCCACACGCACACACUCCGCCGCACCUGGGACAAACAGUACCGCCAUUACGACGUCACGCCGCGCACCGCCAAGAUCGUCGCUAACCUGCCUCCCUCUGAGCCAGUGGGUGGAGUCAACACCGACACCACCAAAACCGACACCGUUACAACCGACGGAGCCAAAACAGCCGGCACAAACGCGGAAACCCCGCUAACGUCCAGCAGCAUUAGCAUCCUGCCCCAGAACUGUCCGUACACGGUUACAGUCCGACCCUUCCGAACCCUGCGGCGCGACAGCAGCACCAGCGAGAGGGAAGUACCUAUAGCCUUCAGAGCACCACGGACCCUCCAACCCCCCUCCGGAACCUUCUACAGACCCCCCCACACUUAUCCUAAAUCAUCAGAGGUGGAAAAGAGCGCCGCGGGUUCAGCAUCCACCGCUAGAACUACACUGUCUGUAACGCUGGUGCCGCCUCAUGCUACGCUAACAUCAUCAUCAACAACAGCUGGAACAUCGGUCACAACAGCUAAAGAGGCCACGCCCUCGGAGUCCCACCCGGACCAGCUCAUCUCGGCCUAUCAGAGACGGAGAAACAGCAGCCAGCGCUCGAACCCUCACAGAGAGGCUCAUUUUGUUUAAACUGUUUAUAAUAGAAACUUUAUUUAUUAUUAUUACAGCAGCUCAACACAGAACAGAUGAGAACAGACCCCCCCCCCCCCACACACACACACACUGCACCCACCCGCCCCCCCGCCCCCGCCCUGCUCUCUGAUCAUCUCAGCUCUGCUCAGAAUCAAUCGUCUCCCCCCAAUUAUAAUAAUAACUGAACCAAACCGCUAAUAAUCACGUUUUAUUAUUACACAAUAAUUCAGAAUAUAUUCGUGUAGAGUGUAAAAUAUUUUAUUUUAUUAUUUUAGUUGUAUUUUGUAAAUAUCAGUUUAUUUUACAGGAAUUAUUUGUAUAUGUACAACUCAAUUUCCCAUCAUCCCUCAGCACGGCUGAGCUGUUCGGCUCCGCCCGUCAUUACUGACUCACAAAGUGAAAUUAAUAUAAAAUAAAAACACUCGGCAGAAAUAAAUAAAUAUAAAUAAUGGAUGAUGAUGGAUGAUGGAAAGCGAUAGUUGGAUCUGAUCCGUCAGUGUAAAUAGAUGCUGAGUGUGUGUGGGUGAGUGUUUGGUGUAAAGCACUGCACUCUGUUACGUUAAGAUAAGAUAAGAUAAGAUUCUUUUAUUGAUCCCCGUUGGGGAAAUUCAAGUGUUACAGCAGCUCCAGUACAGUGUAAAUUCAGUGUAAAUUCAGUGUAAAUUCAGUGUAAGUACUCACUGUAAUCAGAUUACAGGAUUGUUUCCCAUUAAAACUUUGACUUUAUUUGAUUUAAAAUGUUUUAUGUUUUCCACACAGUUUGUGUUUCUAAAUUAAUAUAACGUGUACAACGAAUCGCUUUGGGAUGUUUUAUGUUCUCUGUAUUUAUUUAUUCAUUAUUGAGUUCUUUAUAAAAUAAUAUCAUUAUCAGAAGAAUCAAACAGAAUCUGAAUAUUUAUUGUUACAGAAACCACAUUUAAUUACAUUUAAUAUCAAACAGCAGUUAUUGAGGUCAGAUUAUUUGGAGGCAAAAAAUCGCUCAUUUUUAGCAACAAUUAUUAAUAAUUAUUUGAUUAAUUUAGUGUUUAAUCGCCGCUUUCUUCCACCUGUAAACAACAGGACCAGAUUCACUCACUCAGUACUGACCUGGUCACAAUGUGUGAGACGACUUCCUGUUAAAAGGAGAGAAAAGUGUUACAAACACGCCGUUAGCUGAUGUGCUAACCAGUGAUGCUAUUGUUAAUAAGAACAUGAUUAAAGGUUUUAUAAAUGAUAUAUCUGAUGUGUUUACUGGUUGUUUUGUGUAGAUGAAAUGUUUGUACAGAUUAUAUUUAAAAGUGUUUAGUGUUACUGUAUCAGCUCAGUUCUCUCAUUAGCGUCUCUGUUUCUGCCUCUUAUUGUAACUCGAACAGAAUUAAACACUUUUAUUCAUAAA